AGAGAGAGAGAGGGGCAUAUGUAAAUUACAUAGAGAAAAAAAAGAUUGCAUUCUACCUUUUUGUUUGCGAUAAUGGGCUCCAUCAACUGUAAAUUGUUAGGGGUGAUGAGAUAAUUGUUUUCUCACCUGAGAGUCUUUGAUAAAUGUUUUUGGAGAGUUGAAGAUUUAGGAGAAGGAUGUGAGAGCUUAUGAGAAGAGGUUGUGCGGAUUGAUCAAUGCUCAAGGAUUAACUUUUUCUAAGAUCAUCAAAAAUGAUGCUUUUUCCAUGUUUUUUUGUGGAGAUUAGGGUUAAGCAUGUGAAUUAUGGAUGGUGAAGUUUACAAGGGUGUUAUCUGUACUCUGAUGAGAGGGAAGGAUAUUUGUGGUAUAGUUACAUCAAGUUCCAGGAUCAGGAAUUGCAGACAAAUGUAUUGAUAUUUCUACAUCCAAGAGUGUGUCCUGUUAAUACAUAAGUAACCACAGACUCUCUAAGUCACCUUGGAUUUAACUAUCUGAUGUUUACAAAGGGGAUUUAAUAUCAAAUAUUGAAAUAACGGAGGGAUUGGUGAAAGAACAAAGAAACCAUUACCUGCAUUGGAAAUAAUAUGUAUCAUACAAAAUUCUGAUCAAUGAUUGCUAACAAUUAGUAGUGCAUGUACCUUAAAGAAUAUGAUCAUGAAUGAUGCCACAAUAUUUAUGAUAAGUGUAUAUAAAUAAAACCAAUUUCAUUGAGGGGAAAUAGCAGUAUAUAGCAGUUAAAUCCUGUUUUUUGUUAGAGAAAUGUUUUGGUUGGAGAUUUUGUGCAUCAGUGUGAUAGCUGAUUGAUACACUCACUGGUCACACUCUCAAGGUGUCUCUACGCUUUGUCAAUAUACGAUAAUAUUAGAUAAAGUGGGACGCUUCUUUCAAUUUUGGGGCAGUUUGUGUCACUCCGUAUUGAUUCAUGGCUUUAAAAAAAUUGGAAGAAAUUUGAGCACAUCAGAGGAGAGACUUUUAUUUCGGGUGUGUAGGAGAAUCCCUUUUACAUCGGUUUAAAAGACACAUCUGUAUGGUGGAGAGAGUAUUGCGUAAUUUCCUCGUUUAGUCAUGGAGUCCGAUGAAAUAGAAGAGACCAUACAAAUAAGAGAAGUGGAGGACUCAGGUGAAAAUAAUGAGACACGAGGAGAGGAAACGGAGAGUACAACCUUAUUAUCCACUAGCCCAAGUGGAGAAGAUGUAGGUGGAAUUGUGGUUCAAGGAAGUGGAGGAAGUAUUUUUCAAGUAACUCCGGCCAUUGUUGUACAUGAAGUGGAGCCCAAUCGUAAUGGUAAACCCUGCAAAGUGGACUUUGAUGAUGAGAAUGAUGAUGAUGGUGAGGACACGACACGGAACAUUGAUAGCAACCCCCUGGCCAGCAACGAUGAACUGGAAUCUCCUUACUCCCAGCAGAUGGAGCUGUAUGCAGAUGAUCUGCAUGAAAGAGGAAAAAUCUCUCAAAUUCUCAACCGCAUUGCCAAUUACCAGGGAGGUGUUGAACCCAAUAUCAGUGAAAACUACCAGUCGAGUCCAAAGAAGGUGAAACUUGGUACACUGCUAGGAGUGUACUUACCCACAAUACAGAAUAUCUUUGGAGUGCUUCUGUUUAUUCGUAUGACAUGGAUCGUGGGGAUGGCAGGAUCUAUAGAAAGCAUGGGAAUAGUUGUCAUCUGCUGUUGUACUACUUUUCUGACGGCCAUUUCUAUGAGUGCCAUAGCAACCAAUGGAGUGGUCCCUGGGGGUGGGUCCUACUUCAUGAUCUCCCGCUCACUGGGGCCUGAGUUUGGAGGAGCUGUAGGGGUACUGUUCUACCUGGGAACCUCUGUAGCAUCUUCCAUGUACAUCAUAGGAUCAGUGGAAAUUCUAGUGAAAUUCAUUGCUCCUGCCUUGUCAAUUUUUGGAGAUGUUAAUGAGGAGGCCAAUGCUUUCAAUGCGUACCGUAUUUAUGGCACAGGGAUUCUGAUCAUCCUUGCCUUAAUAGUGUUUAUUGGGGUGCGAUUUGUUAGCAAGUUUGCAGCCCUUUCACUGGCUUGUGUCAUUCUGUCUAUAUUGUGUAUUUACAUUGGAAUAUUUGCUGCCACUGAAGACGAUAAUGUAAAGAUCUGUUACUUAGGAGAUAGACUAUUAACAAGUGCCAUUGCGGAGACUAACGGGGUAUUUACAUGUAGUAAGGACAACUACACCACACUGUACAACACGCACUGCUUCAACAACACCUGCGACGACUACUUCAAUGAACACACCACCAGGGUGGUGGACGGGAUUCCAGGACUCAGCAGUGGGGUGUUUCACGCUAAUCUGCACAAUCGCUACACAGAGGAGGGCAAAAUCAUUGGUACAGAAGAUCGUGGUAAACGGGCUUAUGGAGAAAUUGUAGCCGACAUCACUUCCUCUUUUAUGGUUCUUUUGGCCAUAUACUUCCCUUCUGUAACAGGUAUAAUGGCAGGCUCUAACAGAUCAGGAGACCUUGCAGAUGCCUCCCGGUCCAUCCCGACUGGAACCAUAGCAGCCAUUCUGACCACUUCCGCUGUCUAUGUUACUAGUGUCCUGUUCUUUGCUGGAACUAUUGAAGGAGACCUACUCAGAGACAAAUUUGGAGAAAGCAUCAAUGGGGGCUUAGUGGUAGCUAAACUGGCAUGGCCAAAUGAAUGGGUGAUUUUGAUUGGUUCAUUUUUGUCAACUCUUGGAGCUGGUCUCCAGAGUCUUACAGGUGCACCCAGAUUGUUGCAAGCCAUUGCAAGUGAUGGAGUUAUUCCCUUCCUGAAUGUCUUUGGUGUGACCACUAAGAGAGGAGAGCCAUUCCGGGCUCUUCUGUUAACCGCCCUCAUCUCAGAAUUAGGCAUCUUGGUAGCCAACCUUGAUAUGGUGGCACCUAUCAUCACCAUGUUCUUCCUUAUGUGUUAUGGAUUUGUCAACAUGGCCUGUGCCUUGCAGACAUUACUUAGAACACCUAGCUGGAGACCUCGAUUCAAGUUUUACCACUGGAUUCUCUCCCUUCUGGGAUUAGCAUUGUGUGUCACUCUGAUGUUUAUAUCUAGCUGGUACUAUGCUUUGGUAGCAAUUGGCAUCGCUGUCUGCAUAUACAAGUACAUUGAAUACAAAGGAGCUGAGAAAGAGUGGGGAGAUGGAAUCCGUGGGUUAGCUAUGUCUGCUGCUCGCUACUCCCUGCUGCGACUACAACAAGGGACGCCACACACCAAGAACUGGAGACCACAGCUGUUAGUGUUGAUGAAACUAGAGGAAGACCUGAGUCCCAAGUAUCCACAAAUGGCUGCGUUUGCCAGUCAGCUGAAAGCAGGAAAAGGUUUGACUUUGGUGAACUCUGUAAUUGAGGGUAAAUACAUGGAGAGAUUCAAUGAUGCUCAGACUGCUAAACAGAAAUUGAACAAGACCAUUGAACAGUUUGGGGUCAAAGGAUUUGCCGAUGUUUUGGUCAGUGAAAAUGUGGCUGUUGGGAUGUGCCACAUGAUUCAGAAUGCUGGUCUGGGAGGACUGCGACACAACACUGUGAUGAUUGGCUGGCCAUAUGGGUGGAGACAUGAUCAUAAUGAAAGAAGCUACAAGGUCUUUCUAGAGGCUGUAAAAAAUAUAAACUCAGGACAGAUGGCGCUGUUAGCCGUAAAAGGAAUCAACCUUUUCCCAUCGUCCAAUGAGAAGCUGAAAGGAACCAUCGAUGUCUGGUGGAUUGUGCAUGAUGGAGGUAUGCUGAUGUUGCUGCCCUUCCUGCUGAAGCAACACAAGACGUGGAAGCACUGCAGACUGAGGGUCUUCACCGUGGCUCAACUGGAGGAUAACACCAUUCAGAUGAAGAAGGACCUGGAGAUGUUUAUGUAUCAGCUGCGUAUAGAGGCAGAGGUUCAUGUUCUUGAAAUGAGUAAUAGUGACAUCUCUGCCUACACUUAUGAAAGAACACUAAUGAUGGAACAAAGAACAGAGAUGUUGAAACAGAUGAAGAAGCAGAAUGUCAAAGAGGUUCAGUCCAUUGUUGACCAGUCCAGAGUGACCACUGUAUCCCCCACCAAAAUCCAGUUAGAGCCGGUUCAGGAGGAGUCACAGCAGGGCCCAGAGAGUACCACCGACGAGGAGAAGCUGGAGAUACACCAGUACACCUUCACCCCAGGGGCAGCCAAGGUCAAACCCCCAGUCAGUAACAAUGGGAAGGCUGGGGACUACCUCCAAAUCAAACCCGAUUCCUCAUAUAAUGGCGUUCAUAAUAAGAAACCGGACAAGAAAAAUAUACGACGCAUGCACACAGCAGUGCGACUGAAUGAGGUCAUCAUUGAGAAGUCCCACGAGGCCCAGCUUGUGAUUCUGAAUUUACCAGCCCCACCCAAAACAGAAGCAGGGGAACUGAACUUUAUGGAGUACUUGGAGGUGUUGACUGAGGGCUUAGACCGAGUUCUGAUGGUUCGAGGAUGUGGAAAUGAAGUCAUCACAAUCUAUUCAUAGAACUGUUGUAAGGAGCCACACAGUGAUGUCAUAUCCAGCCCUGGAUAAAACAAACGGAGAACUUGCAAGUCAAACAUGAUAUUUUGCAUGUUGCAAUGAGACAAUGAGAAUUUUUUCAUCGUGUGUUUUAGACUUUAUUGAUAUCAAUGCAGGUUCAUAUAUGUAUAUGUAUUUUUUUUGCAUAUUUAUGGAUAUAUUUAUAUGGUUUUUUUUUAAGAAAGCACAUAUGUUGCAAUUUUCUUGAACCAUAGAUACAAAAUACCUAUGGUAGUUAGUUAAUAAAAAAAAUGUUAAAAAUCAAAAAGUGCAGAUGACAUACAUCUAGAUUUGUAAAACAAAAAAAAAUUUAGUAUCAUUAAUUUUUUCAUUCUUUUUAAAGAUUUUAUUUGCAAUGAAUAUGUGACAAAGAAAGAAGGGCCAAAGAUCAUUUUGUAAAACAAAAACGAUCAAUAACUGUAGACAUAUCAGUUGAUCUGAUUGAUUAUAUAUUUCAUAUUUUUUUAGUAAACUGUAUAUAACUUUACUUUUUAAAAGAUAUUUUUUGAAUUUUGUAAAGCUAACUAUAGAGAACAUGAUUUUUCUGAAGAGAAAAAAAAGUUCACAGUUUUGACAUUUUGCAUAUUUUUUGGGCAAGUAGAUUGUAAUGUAUGAAUAUUUAUGUAUUUUCUUUUUUAACAACCCUGUAUAAGUAAGGUAAUACCCACUGAAUUGAUUAAUGAUUAAUAGGAAAAUGAUAAUGAAAUUUUGAAUAAGUGAUAGUUUUCAUAAUACACUCCUGCUUUGUCAACUAAAAUUGAUAUAAUAUUCACUGAUGAGCAUAUAUUGUCUUGAAUGUAUUAAUCAUUGUCUUGUUUUUCACUUAAAAAUCAAUAUGUUUAUCUGCUAACCAUAUCAUGGGUUUAUUUGCAAGUUUUGAAUUAUUAAAAGCACAUAAUCAAUAUUUUACUUGACAAUUCAGCUAAACAAUUAUGACAAAAGAUAGAUAUAAUAUAUUUUUACAUGUAGCUUUAAAUAUAUAAGAUUUAUUACAUGUAAAUAAUAAUAUAUUGCAUGAGGAUACACUAUGGCUCAGGUUAUAUCAACCCUUAAGCUUGGUUUGAUUAUUUUGUUGAUUAAGUAUUACUUUACAUAUGACUUUGUGGCCAAUUUAUUAGUAGGUUAUAAGACAUGCUAUGUUUACAUGGCUUUCAUUAUUUUAUUUGUUGGUCUGUCUCAUGUAUAGGUAUUAUUUUACAUUUUAACCAGGUUGUAACUAAUUUUAUAUACAUGCACAUAGCAGUUCUUACCAAAUAAGUGGAUGCCAUGAUUUGUAAUUAAAAGUUCCUUGAACUUUUAUGGAGAAAACUAAAUUUCAUGUGUUUCUAGUCAAUCUAACCUUCUACUUUGAAUUUCUAAAUAUGCAUAUUUCAAAAUCUUGGUGCUAGAUUAAUUAGAGACAAAUUGACAGGACAUUGUAGCAGAAGAGAAUUUAUUUGUGUGCCCAUAGUACACCUUUGGUGCUCUGUCACAGUCAAUCUGUGAUUCCAAACCCUGAGUGACAAAUAUUUUAAAACAAAUGUUUAUUGGAAAGACUUCACUUUACAUCUUUACGUGUAUCUCUAUCUACAGGUAGAUAACAGAUAUUACAAAUAUUACAUUGAUAAUUGAUAUUACAUGUAAUUUAUUCAUGUAUUAUAAUUAUAUAAAGGCAAAGAACCUUUUUUUUUUUUUUUCUUUUUAAGGUAUAACUGACAUUUUACCAACAAAACUAGACCAAUUCAUUUAUCAAUCAUGCAUGAUUAAGUAAAAUGUACUCAUAAGAUAUUCUUUCACUUAAAUUCACAACUUAAAAUCAAACAUUGCAGAAUUUAUCUGACAAUCUUUAAAAAUGUGUAUCGUCUUAUAAACAUUAGCAAUCAGGCAGUGUUAUUGAGUCUUUUAAUUUUUUUUGUAUUGGAAGGAUUGGGGCACUGUCAAAUCAAUUCCCCAAUGUCAAUACUUAGUUUUUCUGCUUUUUUUCUGGGUUUUGAUUAUAUACAUCAUUUUAAAGGCAUUUAUAUUUAAGGACACUGGAUGGUCACCAAAAUAUCAACUGGACUCAUGUGGAAAUUAAUAGGACUUUUUUUGGCUUAAACAAGUAAUGCAAGGCCUAAAUGUUCACCUAAACUUUGAUUUUAUUUGACUAUUGCUUAUAUUCUUUUUUCACAGUAUUGAUUAAUCAAAAAUAUAGCCAUCCAGCCCCUUUUUUAAAACAUUUAUAAUGUGACAAUCUGUUUUCAAUCUAAAGCAUAAUGGUGUGUUCCAUUGGCUUUAUUCACGUACAGAAAAUUGAAGAUUGAUUUUGAUUCAAUAUGGCUUGGGGGGGGGGGGGGGUGUCAUACAUGUUAGAGAUUUAUUUUUAAAAAUUGUGUUUGAAAAUCAGAUUUUUCAUGCACAAGUCAGAAAUAGUGGUACAGUAAUUGUUUUAUACAGCAGUAUUUAAACCUUGAAAAAUUAAUUUCAACUCUGUUUUCUCUUUUAUAUAUAAUUAUAUGCAGAUGCAGUUUUAUUUUUCUGUUAGGCAAGUUUAGGAUGAGAUGUAUGAUAGUAAAUUGUAGUUGACUCUUAAUUUCACUGCAAGAAAAAAAAAAUUGAUUUGUUUAAUUUAUGUACGGUACUCAGUUUUUGUCAUCUUAAACACCAAAGUUCACCUCCUAUAGGUUUUGUCUUUUCAUUGUAUCAUGUGAUUGUGACAAUAUUUAGAAUAUCAGUUAUAUUAAAUAUCAGCCAUGUGAACAGAAUAGUUGUGUCUUGAAGUGCUUUUAUUUUUUUAUUUUACAACAUAUUGUUAAAAAUAUUACCCAUGACAUAUAGUUGAAGCUAGGGUACAUAAAACCCUUUGUAUGUGAAAGGACUGUUUUAUUAUUAUUUUUUUGCAGUCAUGUUUUUUUUUCAUAAGUCAAUGAUGCAAUCAUAGAAAAAAAAAGACCCAUUUCAGCACCUUUCAAUGUACUUUAGUUUACUUUGGUUGCUAUGUUAUAGCGAGUGACUUUUCGUUGUUAGAGAUGACACAUCAGACAUGUUUUAUCACUCUCUGCUUCCUGCUAAAUCGUAGAUCACUGCACAGAAACCAGAUAAAAGAGAAAGAUUUAUGCUGUGCCCUAGUCUGUUCAGUGAUCAUAUGUGCCAGAUAUUGGUCACAGAACGGUGGAUUUUUGUUGUUCUUUUAUGAGGUUUCUGUGAAAACUCUUUUUGUUCGUAGAACAGACUUUAUUUUUCUCACAGAAAAUGUCUGAUUGUGGUAAUCUGGGUAAGAACAUGUGAUGAACACUUAACCAAUGUUUCUCAACACUUUGCAAAGAUUGCAAGUUAAAACACAAGCACAUACUUGUUUAUCUUUCUUUUUGAAUAAAAAAUAACAACCUUCCAAAUGAACUUGUAUAAUUAUAAUUCUAUGUAAGCUUUGUUGAAUUGUACAUGUAAAAGAGAAUGGGGAUUCAAAAAUCAGCUAUUUUUUGUUAUCUCCAAUAAGACUUGAUAAUAUAGUCACUACAGUAGAACGAUGAAUCUGUCCGCCAUAUACAUGUGUAUUAUGGUCUCAUUUAUUUAUAAAGUCAUGUGAUGUACAAUUGUGAUUAAAUCAUAUGUUAAUCUAUGACAAUAAUUCAAAAAAAUAUUAAAAGCAAUAUUGGUUUGAAACAUGUGUGAUAGAAGUUGAUUGUUGAAGUGCAAUUUUGAUUUUUCUGUGAUUGUUUUAUGUAUUUUAUCAGACCAAUGAAUGUAGUGGAGCCACAACUUUGAGAUGAAAAGUAGCUGUGUGACUAAAAGCCAUCAAUAAAAUUCAUCUGCUUUAA